AUGUCACGAAGUAAAACGAGGCGACACGGAAAUGAAGCUGUCGAGGAGCAGUCUUUUUCGCGAACUAGUUCCACACCAGGCGAAGGCAGUAAUAAAAGAAUGCGCCUCGGAGACAACUCUCCGUCGGCCUCCUCAACUCCUUCGCGUAAAGGAAAAAGUACUCAGGAAGAAUAUCAAAUAGGGUCUAUUGUUCGUGUUUGCCUAAAAAAUUUUGUCACAUACGAUUCAGUUGAGUUCCGACCCGGACCAAAUCUUAACAUGGUCAUAGGUCCCAAUGGGACUGGCAAGAGUACGAUUGUCUGUGCGAUUGCUCUUGGUCUAGGCUGGAAUACAUCGCUUCUGGGACGUGCCAAAGAAAUCUCGGAUUUCGUCAAGCAUGGUCAAGAACGCGCGUCGAUCGAAAUCGAGUUGAAAGACAAAUCAAAGAAUGUUGUAGUUUCGCGAACGAUUAAAAAAUCCAAUAAUAAUUCUCAAUGGAAGUUAAAUGGUAAAAUUGUCAACCAUAAGGAAGUACAAAGUAAAAUGGCCUCGCUUAAUAUUCAGGUUGACAACCUUUGCCAAUUUCUUCCACAAGACAAAGUGAGCGAGUUUGCACAGAUGACACCUCCCGAAUUACUUGUGCAAACGCAAAGAGCUGUUGGUGAAAAAGAAUUGAUUACAUGGCACGAACGCUUGAUCAAAUUAAGAGAGGAGGAGAAGAAGCUAUCUGCGACUGCGAAAGGCGACAGCGAUGAAAUAGAUAAUCUUGAAAAGAGGAAUAUUGUUCUGGAAAGGGAUGUAACUCGAUUCCGAGAAAAAGAAGCAAUAUUGAGAAGAGUUAGAUUAUAUGAGCUACGGAUUCCAUUUGCUCGCUACGGUGUGGCAAAAAAUUUGUAUGAUGAAAUAAAAAAAGAACGAACAGAAGUUCAUUCGGCAUACAUUUGCCUUCUCAAGGAAAACGAACCCGCCAAUGUGAGAAAAAGCGCUCUUGAAAAUCUAGUGAGGAAGGCAGCUAAUGAGAAAAAAAGGUGUUCAGAGUCUUAUGGUGCAAAGAAAAGGGAGAUGGAAGGAACUGCGGCUGAGCUUGAAGAAGCGGAAGGUGACAUUGAUAAUGCGCGGAAGGAACUUUCAGAAAUUAAAAAGAGAGAAAAAUUGCGGCAGAACAAGAUUUCCCAACUUCAAACAGAAAUUAAAGAAUUAGAAGAAAAGACUGAAGUUCCGCCACCAGGGAUCGGUGCUUCUGAUAUUAAAAAGAGAUAUGAAGAUGUCCUUCGUCGCUUGAGUGAAACGAGUUUACAAACCGGUGAUGUUUUAGAAAGGAUGGAGAAAAUCAAGGAAGAUAAUAAAAUUCUUCGAUGGGAUAUGGAGUCAUUACAGAAACAAUUUAAGGAACUCGAAGAUGUGAAACGACAUCGGCUUGAAGCCCUAAGCAAUGAUCAUGAUACAAUGUCUGCUAUUGAAUGGUUGGAGCAAAAUAAGGAUAAGCUGGUUGCGCAUGUCUAUAAUCCUAUAUGCCUGGAAAUUGACAUAAAGGACAUGCGCUAUGCUGACGCAGUGGAAUACCUCUUAGGAAAUUCUAUGAGGACGUUCGUUUGUGAAUCGUCCCAAGAUUACCAUACUGUCACAAAAGCUUUGUGCGAUAAUCGAAAGUUGAAAAUAAAUGUUAUAUGCAUCUCCCAUUUAAAUUUGAAUAAUUUUCCUUCCCCUAUGUCCAUUCAGCAACUUAGGGCACAUGGUUUUGAAAGUUAUCUACUAGAUCAAAUAGAUGCCCCCCCGAUGUUACUUACAGCAAUUUGCGAUCAAGCCAAUUUUCAUAGAAUCCCGGUGGCCAGAAGUGAAUCAGAUGUUGAUCAUAAGGAGAUCCUAAGACGCCCGGAAAUUAAAAAAUAUAUUGCGGGUGAUACGUCCUACUCUAUAACAUCUUCAAGAUACGGAAAGAGGCUUAAUCAAUCUUACACAACCAAAAUCAGACCUGCGAGAAUAUUUACAAACACAUUAAAUGUUGACCAGAGGCGUGACCUCGAAAGACAACUUCAAGAAGUACAAUUAAAGUGGCAGGAAAAUGAUAAAUUGAUCAACAGAUUGAGACUUGAGGAGACAAAGCUUAAUGAAGCCAGUUAUAAAUUACGAGAAGAAAAGGGAAAAAUCAUUGAGGAAAAGCGAAAAAUUCAGGCUGCUUAUAAUGAUUUUCAAAAGAAUAAGGUUAAAUUAG